AUGCCAAACCUGGUUCUAGACUCACUCGUGCCAGCCUUCCUCAUUGAGCCGGUUUUGCGGCAGGCCCGCCGAUUCUCCCGCGGCAACUCCGCCGUCUCCGGACCGGAUACCUCAGGCGGUCCCGGAAUCGGCGAGGAUAAUUCAUCUUCCACGUCCACUGCAAUCCCGGAGGAGAUAGAAACCAUCUCGCCGCCUCUCGCUCCUGCUGCGGUUUCGGGUCGGGUUGCGUCUGCACCCUUGGCGGUGGCCAACUUCACCCCGCCGCACGUGCAUCCUUGUCAAACAACAACAUCAUCACCGUCGUCAUCAUCACUACAACCCACUUCACCUCCGCUGCUGACACAACCCGCCUUGUCAAAUCUGGUGGAACCGCAGUCCCCCUCGCUCUUUGCCGAGGACAACGACAUGAGCGAUUCCGCAAACGACGGCAGCAACAACAACAACAACCAGACAUGGAGUGAAGCAGGCUUGGCUGCGGCCCGGGCACAGGCUUGGGCCGCGACCUCGGCGGCGCCUUCCCCAUCUUCGGCAGCCGAAGACGACUGGCACCGGGUCAUGCGCCUCCGGAUCCUGGAUGUGCAAUCGCGAGACAUACCCGAGAAGGAAAAGGCCGCGAUGCUGCACAGGUUAUUGACCGAGAACCAUAACCGGUUGCGUCAGCAAAAAAUCUCCAGCGGAGCCGGCGGCAAGGGUGCGAGCCAGAACGACAUGGAAGGGUCCGCCUCGGCGGAGCAGAAGCAAGGCAGCAGCAGCUACCUGGGCGCGCUCAAGUUCUGGCAGCUUUCCCCCGGCGAGGCUUCCACAACCACCAAGUUCCUGCUCACCGAGGAGGACAUUGCGCCCACGUUUUGGAAGCCCAAGGCCGGAAGCGGCUGCGGCCACAGCAGCCUGAGCGACGACGUGUUUGGGUCAGCGCAGUCAAAGUCGGGGACAGUCGGGGACGGCGGCAGCGGUGGUCAAGCCGAGCAGCGCCACCUGGGAUGCGAGCACUACCGGCGCAACGUCAAGCUGCAGUGCAACAAGUGCUCCAAGUGGUACACCUGCCGGAUCUGCCACAACGACAACGAGGACCACGAGCUGCCGCGGCGCGAAACUAAACACAUGCUGUGCAUGGCGUGCGGCUUCGCGCAAAAGGCGUCGGACGAGUGCGUCAAGUGCGGCCAGCUGGCGGCGAGGUAUUAUUGCGACGAGUGCAAGCUCUGGAACGAUAAUCCGGACGUGAGCACAUACCAUUGUCGCGAGUGUGGCAUCUGUCGGAUCGGGGCUGGGCUGGGCAAGGAUUUUGUGCAUUGCAAGGAAUGCGGAAUCUGCAUCGCAAUCGAAACGGAGACGUCUCACCGUUGCCGCUCGGGCGCCAUGGACUCGAACUGCCCCAUCUGCACCGAGGACCUGUUCACCUCCACCAAGCAAAUAAUUCACAUCAACCCCUGCCGCCACUUGAUCCAUAAGCGAUGCUACGACGAAUACCUCAAAUCCAACUACAAGUGCCCGAUCUGCAGCAAAACAAUGUCCAAUAUGGAAAGCCAGUUCCGGAAAAUGGACCAGCACAUUGCGGACCAGCCCAUGCCAGCCGAGUACCGCGACGUGCGCGCCAUCAUCUACUGCAACGACUGCGAGGCCAAGAGCCAGACGCUUUACCACUGGGUUGGGAUGAAGUGCAGCAUCUGUCAGGGCUACAACACCCGGGAGAUCAAGGUCGUCGGCGCCCCUAUCGAGAUGUCAAGCGAGGCGGCCAGGCUGCAGGAGGAGAUGACGGGCCAGCAGCCGCAGCUCCAGGGCUCGAUGACCGAGGCGGCACUCGCUGCAGCCAGUCAAGAGCGCACAGAAGCCAUUGAUACUGGCCUAAGGAUAUUAACGGACGCGGAGGAGGCGGUCGUCAGGCGUUGGGCGACCACUACAGAAAGAGACGGCACGAAUGCAUGCGCGCCUCCGCCAUUUUGGCCUCCCAACCUCGGAAGAGGCGAGACGCACGAGGGAAUCGACGGCGACCAGUCCAUCCUCGACCUGCCACCCAGACUGAUAGAGGCGACGGCGCUGGCCCGGGGCCCGGGGGUGUUUGGACUGGCGGACACGCCGGCCGGGCGGCUGUUGGCCAUGGGGUACGCCCGGCACCUGGCUGCGAUGGACCCAUGGGAGAGGCACGACCUGGGCGGGCCACGGCCGGCAGGGGCGAGGCCUGUCGGUGGUGCAGCAGCAGCUGCUGCUGCGGGACAAGGGGAACGGACGGAUAUCGACUGGGCGCUAGACUGGCUGGGGAGCAUCGGGCUGCGGAGCGAUGAGGAAGACGAGGUGGAGUCUGAGGAUGACGACAGUGACAGCAACGACGAGGAUGAAGAUGACGACAUGGCUGAGAAUGGGGAUGAAGGAGACGAUGACGACGACGACGAUAUUGUCUUGACGGGUCACCGGUAG